AUGGGACUAAAAACAGCCCAGGAUCCUAGCACACCACUGGACCUAAUUGAAACAGGCAAGACUCUCAAAGUCCAGGCAGAACGACCCCAUCUUGUCAGCUUAGGAAGUGGCCGUCUGAGUACGGCUAUAACCCUGCUGCCCCUGCCAGAGGGGAAGACUACACUUGGUCAUGGGAACACAGACAUUAAUAUUCAGGGUCCGGGUGUGACUGCUCAACAUUGCUACAUUGAAAAUGUGGGGGGAGCCAUCAACCUAUACCCCUGUGGAAAUUUGUGCUCAAUGGAUGGCUUAGCAGUUACCAAACCUGUCAGACUCACACAAGGGUGUAUGCUGUGUUUUGGUCAGUCAUCCUUUUUCCGCUUUAACCACCCAGAGGAGGCCAUCAGGAUGAAGAGUUUGAUGCCUGGUGGAAGCCCUGGAUUUACCAGUACCUACAAGAACCACUCAGAAACCUAUGGGCAAGUCAAUGGCAACCACCUUCCUUUGCACGAGCGACCUUGUCCUGGACACGGCACUCUUGUGCGCUCUAUUGAGAAGGAUAUUCAGGACAUUAUGAAUUCUCUGACUAUGGAUGAAGGCCAGACUUCCUCAUCUGAGCAAUGUAAAAAAAAACGCCACCCCAUUCCACAGUCUGCCAUGCUCAACGGGAGCGGCCACGGUCUUGUCUCCCCUCCAACCAGUCCUGGUACUUUGUCUGUAAGCUCCAGCUAUGAAAAUACCAGUCCUCCUUUCUCCCCCCUCUCCACCCCCUCUGUGGUUAGUAGUCCAGGGGCUUGUUUGGACUCCGCUAAUACCCGUUCCACCAGCUACACCCACACUGUCCAGGCCCCGGUGCCACAGCCACGCACUUUUGCAUCCAAAGCCAGUAGUUCCAACGGAGGGCUAAAGGAUCAAGAAAGUCCCAGGCUUCAAAAAGCCUUGACUGAAACUCCCUCAAGCCCUUCUACAAACUGUAGAGGCGAGAGUCCACACCUGGCCCAUGGUUCCUCUUCUGGGUCUGUCUCAAUUGCAUCUGGAGAUUUAGGCAGACAGAUCGAUGCUAGGCUCACCUCCUUGUCCUCACCAGCAUCUUCUAGCCCCAGAUCCAGUGUUGGCUCAUCAGUCCAAGAAACUUCUUCCAGUCUUCAGUCCCAUUCAUGUGCAUUCCUUCCUCCAGACAGUCCCCAGUCAUCCCGCCGUAGUGUAGAACAAUCCAGCAUGCGUGAACUUCCUCCUCUCAGCCCCUCCACAGCACGCAGAGGUGUCCUUGGGGUGCCAGUUCUUCCUGGAGCUCUACCCGGUGUUCCUUUGACCUCUCGUGGGCGGACUGUACCAGAGAGUCCUCGUCUCCAACGACGAGCCACAGCUGAGGAAGAAGUAGGAAAUACAAAAUUGCAUGCCAGAAGUCCAUCUCCUCUAUCUGUUCUUUUGAAGGACCAGCCUUGCUGUAAGCAGAAGACGGGUAUCACCCCAGCUCUAGGCUCUCAGACAGGUGUGUCUCCUCUUACUAGUCCCCGUAACCAGAGAAAGAACCCCAGGGAGCCUCGGCAGGUUCAGCCGCGCACACGGGAACGCAAGAACAGCAUUUCAGAGGUCAGCGACAAAGAGGAAGACCUACUUGAGUACCAUCGCUGGCAAAGAGAGGAAAGGAUGCGUGAGCAGGAAAUGGAGAGGCUGGAGAGGCAGAGGCUUGAGACCAUCCUGAAUUUGUGUGCGGAGUAUAAUAAGAGCGACCCUCCGGUUGGUGUGGACAGAGGGAGGGCAUGUCAGUUUCCAGGGAUGGAGGAGGUCUCUGUUUGGCGACCCGCCCCUGACCCUGCGAGUGUGCUGGCCGAGAGCUCUCACAGACAGAGAGAGAGUGAGGAGGAGAACCUGAAAGAGGAAUGUAGCAGCACUGAGAGCCAGCACCAGGAGCAUGAAGAUUCUUCAAUGCUGGGGCAGCAGGAGAGAGCAUAUCUGGAGGAAGAGCGGCUCAAGGUUAUGGCUCGGGUGGAUGAGCUGAAGACUCGUGUCACUGACCUGGAACAGCUGAUACAGGAGUCCAGACAAGAGGCAGAAAUGGAGAGGGCAUUACUGCAGGGGGAACGGAAGGCGGAGCUUGAUCAAGUGGAGGCAGAGUUGGAGAUCAUCAAUCAACUUCAGCUGAAACUGAAUGAAGUGGAAAAUUCGACUCGGAGGGAGAAAGAGAAGGAAAGAGCAAAAGUCUCAGCUGAGCGGGAUGUCCUGGCCAGGCUGAGGGAUUCGUACAGUGAGCUGAAGGGCCAGCUUCAUAAAUGCCCCGAAUCACUGAGGGAGCACUUACAGGAACAACUGACCAGGAAGGUGGAGGCACUGGAGUCGGCCACUAAGCGCUUUGAGGAUUUGGAGUUCCGCCAGUUGGAGCGAGAGAGUGGCAUGGAGGAGGAGAAGGAGACGGUCAGCAGGCAGCUGUCGCAAGAGAAGGCAGAGUAUCACCGGAGUGUGGCCAAAAGGAAGGAGAAAAUGGCAGCUCUGGAGAUCCAGGCUAACCAACUUGGACUUCAAGCAGCUCAGGAUUGUGAAAAGAUGGCCAAAGAUCGAACCCUGGCCCUACAGAUGCUCCAGAAGGAAAAGGAGAGACUGUCUGCCUUGGAGAAGAGAUACCAGAGCCUGACUGGUGGAAAGACUUUCUCCAAGCCUGCCAGCACAAAGGAGGAGUACCUCAAACUCUCUGAUGUAUAUAAGAUGUAUGGGAACGGAUGUAUCCCCGCCCAGACUGCCUUCCCUAACGCUCUUUGUCUACCGCUAGCUGUAACAUCAGACACACCUCGUGAGGAGUAUGUGACAGUCAGUCAGUUAAACCAGCUUUUCGGGAUGCCCAAAGUUGACCCCUCCCCCACAUCUUCAGUCCAGUCAUUCCAAGCUAUUGUCGCUGACCCUGUCCACUCCAGCCACACAUCCCAGUGUGGCUCCACCCAGUCACUUCAUGUUGAGACCCAGCCUGCAUGGAUUAGGCUUUCAAUCCCCAGGUUAGAUUCAGAGCACUGGUACCAGGAAAUUAUGGCAGCUGGGGAGCCCAGUCAUGCCUCUCCUCCCCCUCUGCCAGCUAAGUGUAUCUCCUCACGUAAACCUAUGCAGAUCUAUAAGCAGGACGGUGAGCUGGGACAGACUAAUGGCACCUUUACACCCCCGCCUUCCAGCAUGACUACAUCAGGAAGAAACACACCCACCAAAAGUCUCCCAGAUCUGUCUCCUGCUUAUUUGGAUUUAGACUCCAAGAGACAGUUGGAUCAACAGGGCAGAGGGCUCUAUACAUGUGAUGAUUCCAGAAUCAGGCCUACGGAUCCUAAACAGAGCCACUGGGGGGCACCACAGGGCUCUCACUCCCCUUUCCCACCUUCAGGUGCUCCCAUGGUACACCACUCCAUUCUGCACCACCAAGCACCCCCAGCUGGAGAGUCAACGUAUGACACUCUGAGUUUGGAGAGCUCUGACAGCGUGGAGACCAGCGUAUCUACCGGCAACAACUCUGCCUGUUCACCUGAAAGCAGCAAUGGGCUGGCAGGACUGAGGCUGGAGGAGAUGGAAAAGAUGUUGAAGGAGGCCCAGCAGGAGAAAGCCAGACUGGUGGAGAGUCGAGAGAGGGAAGUCCAGGCACGAAAGCAGCUGCUGGAGGCUGAGAGAAGGCGGCGAGAGGAGGUGGAGAGGAGGCUGCAAGAUGAGACUGCGCACAGGCAGAGACUUGUGGAGGAAGAGGUCAAGCUGAGAGAGAAACAGUGUUCCCAGGCUCGGCCAAUGACGCGCUAUCUGCCUAUUCGAAAAGAGGAGUUUGACCUGCGUUCUCAUGUGGAGUCAUCAGGCCACUGCGUGGACACAUGUGCAUAUGUCAUUGUUACAGAGAAAAUGUGCAAGGGCCAUCUUGUGAAGAUGGGCGGCAAGAUCAAAUCCUGGAAGAAACGCUGGUUUGUGUUUGAUCGACUUCAAAGGACCUUCUCUUAUUACGUAGGGUUUUAA